CCCAGACUUGGCCAAACUUCACAAUCGAUCCACUACUAAAUUGCCAGAUAUUGUGGCUUUUUUGGUUGUUGUUCAAAAAAUCAGGCUAUAGAGGAAGCGAUUCUUCCUCUGUAUGCUCAAUUUCUCUAAGCUUUAUCAAAAUCACUCUUUCUUCCUUCAAAUUCUUCAAACCUUGGGCUCCAAGUUACGGUACGAUCCUUUCUCUUUAAUCCAAGUGAAUCUUCGGUGUUUUUGUUUUUCCAAUAUUUCAACGCGAUUUGCAGUAGAAUCAGUUCAAAUGUAAAUUAGUUUUUGGUCUUUAAUCUUCUCUGUUCCAAAGCCCUAAAAAAAUUGUCAUUUUUAUUUCAGAUUUGGAAAUUUCAGUGUCCAUUAUCAAACAUGGUAGAACCCGAAACGAAGAAGAAGACAUCGAUAAUGCCAGACUGGUCUGUUUGUACAUGCUCGCUCUGUUUGCAGCUUGUGGCGAUCCACACUUCCUCUGUCUCCCGUAUUACGCCCAAGUUACUCUCUUCCCGCAUUCGGCGACUUCCCUUUAGAAAGCAAAGGCCUGUGCACCCUCGAGAAGGUCCCUAAGUUCCUCUUUAUUAGAGUCCAACUCCUGCUAUUGCUGAUGAUCAGCUUUCCGAUGCUCUUCAAUGUUUAGUGAAAGUGAAGAUCCCAGCAUCUGUUCCAAAAAAGAUCAUCCCUUUGGGCCAUAAGUACAGAAUGAUCGGUUGGGAAUAUAAUCGUGUGGCCUUUCUUCGGUUAGACAAGGAGGGUAAAAGAGGAGAAUUUGUUGUGCUUCUCAAAUACUCUUUCGGUUUGCUGGUGUUAAAAAGUGCUGAAAUGAGGUGGAAGCAGCUUGAGAACGUCCCAAAUGCUAGAUGCUUUGAUAUAGUCACUUUUAGAGGCAGAUUUUAUGCACAUUUUCUUUCAGGAAAAUUUUUCGUUAUCGAUCCUUAUUCACUGGAGGUGACUCUCCUAUUGCCCUCACCUCAGGAGUCUGAGCGAGGAUUACAGUCUCUGGUUCCAUAUGGCAAAGAUGAACUUUUCCUGGUUGAGGUAAUUAUCCCAGAAGAUCGUGUAAUAGACUUGAGUCGGUUAACCCGUAUAGUGAGGAGGCUAGAUGAGGAGGCUGGUAAAUGGGUUGAGGUCAGUGAUUUGGGAGACUGUGUAUUGUUGCUUGGAAAUCUCUCUUGCUCAGCUAAGGAAUUUCCUCAUGGUUUUGGUUUGACGAAGAACGCAGUUUUGUUCACCGAUAAGUCAGGCCAUGCAUUUUUAUACUAUAAAAGAAAUGUGGUAAAAGAUCUCAAUUGAUGGAGAUCCUCAAGGGAGAAUAGUGUGAUGAUCCUCAUUUGUCGUGUUCGACAUCAUCAUUGGUUUUGUCUUUUACCAUUAUUGCCAUGCGAUUUUGCUGUAGAAUCAAUUCAAAUGAGCUUAAAUCUUCUCUGUUCCAAAACCCUA